AUGUCCACCUCUUCUCCGUCUGCCGUCGGUAAUAUCGACGGUGGCAGCGCAUCGUCGCUGACCGCAUCGGCCAUCGUCGCGCAGGCGGUGUCCAGGUCCCACGUCCUCAAGAUCGACGGGUACUCCCUCACCAAGGGGCUCGGCAACGGCAAAUUCAUCAAGUCCGAAUCAUUUCACAUCGGAGGCCAUCGCUGGUUUAUGCAGUACUAUCCCAACGGUCGCUGCUCAGAUGACGCCGGUUGGAUAUCCAUUGUUCUUCAUCUUGACCAGACCGACGUCAAGGAGGUCAAGGCACAGUUCAAUAUUAGUUUACUCGAUCAGCACGGGAAAGCAGUGAAAUCACACAGCACAAGCAGCCAGCUACUGUGCGACUUCAAAGCCACAGGAGAAAAGUGGGGCUACAAUGAAUUCAUCAAAAGUAACGAAUUGGAGGAAUCGGCUUACUUGAAGGAUGAUGUCUUCAGAGUCAGGUGUGAUCUCACGGUGGUAAAGGAGAUUGUCACUGAGCUCAUCACACCGGCAGUCAUAGUGCCACCUUCAGACAUACACCAUCAUCUUGCCCAUCUAUUCUCCGUUGGCGAGGGCUCGGAUGUCACUUUUGAGGUUGGCGGCCAGAUGUUCCCCGCGCAUAGGUACAUUCUUGCUGCUCGGUCCUCUGUCUUCAGGGCGGAGCUCCUUGGUCCGAUGAAGGAAAAUACUGCCACUCACAUACAGAUCAGCGACAUGGAAGCCAGAGUGUUUAGAGCUCUGUUGCACUUCAUCUAUGCCGACUCAUUGCCUGAGAUGGACGAGAAUGACACGGCUGCAGCGAUGGCUCAGCAUUUGCUUGUGGCGGCAGAUAGGUACAACAUGGAGAGGCUAAGGUUGAUCUGCGAGGAGAAGCUCUGCAACUACCUAUGCAAAAGCACUGUGGCGACUACCCUGGUGCUGGCUGAGCAGCAUGGUUGCAGUGCGCUCAAGAAUGCCUGCUUCAAGUUUCUCACUUGUCCCGGAAACCUGAAAGCAGUCAUGGCGAGCGAGGGGUUUCAGCACCUGAGGACCAGCUGCCCCUCUGUUCUGGAUGAGUUAGUCGCAAAGCUUGCUCCGUGA